GACGCAGAAACUCAGAAGCAAAAAAAGACAGAUAAAAAAAAUAUUCAUCAUCAUCUCUCUCUCCCUCUUCUCUGUUCACCCACCGUUCUUCUUCCUUCUCCUCCUCCUUUCCUUUCCUUCAUCCCCAAGCUUACAUCUCAAGCUGAAAUCAAAUUUCUCUCGAGAAAGUGACACACAACAAGAACUCAUCUUACUGAAACGUCACGAAACAGAGCAUUACAGCGAAAGGUUGAGACAGGGGAAGCGCAAGUUAGUUUCUUUAAUGGAUUCAAAUACUCAAAACCAUCUCUACGACCCGAAUCAAGUAUCUUCUUCUUCCGGGUCGGGUCUUCUUCGCUUUAGAUCUGCGCCGAGCUCUGUUCUCGCCGCGUUCGUAGACGACAACGACAAGACUGUGUUGAACUCAAAUGAGUUCGAGAACAAGUCUCGUGUUUCAUACGCCGCCGCUCCUCCGCCGCAGCAAGAGCCGUCGAGCUUCCUGGGUCUGCCGCCGCAUUACCCAAAACAGAGUAACGGGGUGAUGAUGAUGAACACGAUUGGUUUGGAUCAGUUUCUGAGUAUGAAUCAUCAUCAUCACACGAGACAAGCUGAAUCACAUCUGCUCCGGCAAAGCAGCUCGCCGGCCGGGACGUUCACAAACCUCUCCGACCAAAACGGUUAUUGUUACGUUGGUGAAGAAGAAGAAGAGGAAGAGAGUCCAUCUCAUCCCAACGGGUUAAGACGUCAUAGCAGCCUCUCUUCAAGACCACCUUCUUCUCUGGGAAUGCUCUCUCAGAUACCUGAAAUCGACUCGGAGAGUGUUCAGUAUAGCCAUUGGAAUCAUCCGUCGACCAGCUUCAUUGAUAACUUGUCCUCUCUCAAAAGAGAAACAGAGGACGAUGGAAAGUUGUUUCACGGAGCUCAGAUAAUGUCGCAUCACUUGAGUCUACCGAAGUCAGCCUCGGACAUGGGUUCAGUGGAUAAGUAUCUGCAGCUACAAGACUCUGUUCCUUGUAAAGUUAGAGCCAAACGUGGCUGCGCCACACAUCCUCGAAGCAUCGCUGAACGUGUAAGAAGAACAAAGAUAAGUGAACGAAUGAGGAAACUACAAGAGCUUGUUCCUAACAUGGACAAGCAAACGAACACUUCAGAUAUGUUGGAUUUAGCUGUGGAUUACAUCAAAGAUUUACAAAGACAGUACAAGAUUCUAAACGAGAACAGAGCUAACUGCAAGUGUGUGAACAAGGAGAAGAAUUUGAUAUAGCGCACAACAAGGCUUGUGUAUAUAGGACUAAGGAAAGCAAAGAGAGAAAGGGAUAAGAUAGACACAAUGUAAUGUCUGAAUAUUUUUUAGCCGAAACAGACCAAACUGUCUUAUAUGUAAGCUCCUAGCAAAAAUGCAUAUGCUUUCACCAUAUUAUAAGCAAUUAUAUAGGACUCCAAUCAUUUCUCUC